UCUCUCCGCCGCCGCCCACUUUGCUCGAAUCCCCGCCGCGGCGUCUCUCCGCACGAAGCGCCCCCAAAAUGCCGCGGGUGACGCCGGUCGGCGCGAGCCUCAUCCUGGAGCACGUCCUGGCCGACCCCUCGGUCCCCGCCGCCGUGGUCACCAAGCUCCUCGUCGCGCUCCCCUUCCCCUCCCACCCGACCCCGCGCCUCCGCCGCGCGGUCCUCCUCCGCCGCCUCGCCGCCGACCCGGUCUCCGAAUCCUCCCUAGACACGCUCCAGCUCCUGGCCGCGCUCCCCGCCCCCGCCUCCCCAAUCGCCGCCGCCCACAUCGCCGUCGCGGCCUACCUCGCGGUCUCCGCGUCCGACUUCGACGACGCCGCGGGGGCGCUCUUCGCGCGCCCCAACGGCCGCGCGCGCCUCGCGGUCGACGAGGGAGGGUCCCCCGCGCUCGCCUCCGAUGAGGUCAUGACCACAGUGGACCAGUUCGAGGCCGCCGUCGGGAACUCCUUCUCUCAGGCCGUCCUCAGGGGGCUGUGGGGCGACCGGUCCGCCACGGAGGAGCGGGUCAGGGAGCUCCUCGCCGCCGAGUGGGCUGCCAUUGGGCCGUCGCUGCUCGUUCAGGCGGCUGAGCGGAUCGUCGGGGAUGGGGCCGUCGAGACAUGGCGUGCCGCGGAUGAGGCCACCCGUGCCAAGCUCCGCAUUUUGGCUGGGGAAGAAAGAACACAUGAGAUUCUCAGCAAACUUGAAGAACCCACCUCCAGUGCAAAUCCAAUUUCAACACCAGCUGUUGAGAAGGUGAUUAACUCGCUCAAAACAAGCUGUGCUGAGCUUCACAGUGUUGUGGAGGAUCCGCUUCCAGCUGCGAAGGCAGUUGCAGAUGAGGUAUUGGCUGCAAGGACGGAGAAAAGCGUUAGUUUGGAUGCUGAAGAAGCAAGAGGUCAACCAACAACUUGUGGCACUGCAGGCCCGAGCGCUCCUAAUGAUAAAGGCAAGGGUCCAAGUACAGGUAAACCUCACAGCCUUAUGGAUUGGAACCCAACAGCACGCACCUUUCAGUGGGAGGAAUCACCUGGUCCUGAGAGUUCAGAACCGUCAUUACGCAGACCACACUUGCCUAGCCCAAGGAGAGCACCAGUUUCUCCUUUGCCACCGGGAGAAAACAAAAAUAGGCGUAGAAGAGCAAGGAAGUGGUGCUUAUUAGAAGAAGAAACACUAAGACAGGGUGUUGAACAGUAUGGUAGUGGCAAUUGGAAGGACAUUUUAAAUAACAACCCUGACGUUUUUAUCGGCAGAACACCGGUGGACUUGAAGGAUAAGUGGAGGAAUAUGAUCAACCGUUAGUGUAACGGAGAGAUAUGUUGGACAAGUUACUGGAGCCCCAGCUUCCUUCGGACAGGACUAACUUCACGCUCUAGAGCACCUUCUAAGGUUUACUAGGGUGAAGUAGCUAGCCUGUUACCACUUACCACUGUAGUCGUGAUGUACUUAGCGACGUCACUAAGUGAGCACAGUUAGUCUUUAUUGAACUCCAGUUUCGCUAAUCUCGGCCAAACUUUUAUGACAGAAUGUUUAUCGAGUGCUGGUUCACCGCACAGGUGUAUUAUGAACUCUGUUUUAUAUUUUUAUAUGUAUGUUGUCCUUGUGCCUGCA